AUAUGGCAGAGAUUCCCUCUUAUAAAUAUUGCCCUUUCAUCUCUUUCUUUCUAUUCACUUCAGUUAGCAGUUCCUUUCAGUACCCUGUUUUCCCAGAAAACUUUUCCUGGGUUUGGCUCUUGAUCCAACCCAUAAGUCUCUAGGUUUCAAAGAUAUGGCUGGAAAGGAGUUCACUGUUAAUCUGAACAAACCCCUUGUCUUCCAGGUUGGUCACCUUGGAGAAGCUUACCAGGAAUGGGUUCAUACACCUAUUGUGACAGAUGAAAGUCCUCGCUUUUUCAAGAGUGAUUUCAUGGAGAUCCUGACUCGGACAGUGUGGUGGGUGGUACCAUUGAUAUGGGUGCCGGUUGCAAUGUGGUUCAUCUCAGUCUCGUACACAAUGGGUCAUACACUUCCCCAAGUUAUUUUAAUGUCUGUUGUUGGAAGUUUCAUUUGGACAUUCUUGGAAUACUGUUUCCACCGUUUCCUUUUCCACAUUGAAACAAAGAGUUACUGGGCAAACACUUUUCACUAUCUAAUCCAUGGCUGCCACCAUAAGCACCCUAUGGAUGGGCUAAGGCUUGUGAUUCCACCUGCAGAAGCUGCUAUACUAGCUAUAAUGUUUUGGAACUUGUAUGGGAUUUUAUUCACUAUCUCCACAAGACCUGCAUUAUUUGGAGGUGGACUAAUUGGAUAUGUGAUAUAUGAUAUGAUACAUUUCUAUGUGCACCAUGGCCAGCCUACCAAACAAUCUAUCAAAAAACUUAAGAAAUAUCACUUGAACCAUCACUUUAGGAUUCAAAACAAGGGCUUUGGCAUAACUACAACAUUGUGGGACAGAGUUUUUGGAACCCUUCCAAAGACCAAAGCAGACAAGAAGAGUGGAUAGAUGAUGAUGAUGAGGCUGACAAGCAUCACGUGAUUGCACCCUGUGAUGGCCUUGUCAAUGUUUAAAUAAUGAUUUUGCCCUCUUUACUUUUAUUUUGCUCAAUAAUGGUGGUUGGGAUUGUGAGGGAGGAUCUUAGCUAAGCAACUCACUUCAUGUCUCCUGUUGUACUGUGUUUUCCCUAUAAAUAGAUGAAAUGGAUAGUGUAGUUGUAAUGGUUUAUAAAACUUUAUGAAGGUAAUAAAUUUUAUAAAAUUUUAUAAAAUUUUAAAAA